AUGCCUGCUUAUACCUCAUUAAACUCUCUCUUCCUGCUCACCAUCUUCAUUACAAGCUUGAGAGCUUCUGCACAAUUACAAGACCCUACUUAUGUCGGCCAAGAAUGUACUAACAGGAUAUCAAGAAACACAACUUACUUCUCCAAUCUCCAAACCCUUUUAGCCUCUCUUUCUUCCAACACUGCUUUCUUCUCCAUGGGAUCUCAUAGCCUCACAAAGGGUCAAAACGCUGACAUGGUGUUUGGACAUUAUCUUUGCAAAGGCGAUCUCUCGCCUGAAGCUUGCCGUGAUUGCGUUGUAUUUGCUGCCAAAGAUGCUCUGACUCGAUGUCCAGGAGAUAAAGAGUUAUUGAUUCAGUAUGAUGAGUGCAUGCUUGGAUACGCUGACAGGAACAUAUUUAUUGAUGCUGUAACCACAACUAAAAUAAUCACUUGGAACACUCAAAAAAUUAGCUCGGAGUCGGACUUAUCCGACCGGUUCAACGAUGCCGUGGUUGCUCUGAUUAACAAGUCUGCAAUGGAAGCAGCUACUAGCACAACGAAGAAGUUCGCCGUUAACAAGUCAAACUUCACUUCGUCCCGGACCAUUUACGCGUCGGUUCAGUGCAAUCCUGACCUGUCAAGUGAAGAUUGUUUAAUCUGUCUGCAACGAUCCAUCAAGAAGUUUUAUUUCAACAGUGUUGGAGGAAGAGUUCUUGUCCCGAGUUGUAACUCACGGUACGAGCUUUACCCUUUCUACAAUGAAACCUUAGUGACAAGUCUCUCUCCGCCGGUAAAUAGUCCUCCAUUGGUCUCAGUUCCUCCAUUGCCACCUGUUGAAGGAAGAAACUGGACGGUGAUAAUCAUAGCAAUAUGUGUGCCGGUCUUUGUUAUCUUUCUUGUGGCUGUUCUAAGCUACCGUUUAACAAAGAGAGUGAAGAAGACUUAUGAUGAUGCAGCUGCAGAUGAUGGAGGAGAUGACAUUACAACGGCAGGCUCACUGCAGUAUGAUUUUAAGGUCAUUGAAGCUGCGACAGAUAAGUUUUCGAUAAGUAACAAGCUCGGUCAAGGUGGAUUCGGAAAAGUCUACAAGGGGACACUUCCUAAUGGGCUACAAGUUGCCGUGAAGCGACUUUCAAAAACAUCAGGACAAGGCGAGAAAGAGAUCAAGAAUGAGGUUGUUCUUGUGGCAAAGCUUCAGCACAGAAACCUAGUCAAGCUUCUUGGAUUUUGUUUGGAGCGAGAAGAGAAGAUACUUGUCUAUGAGUUUGUGUCAAACAAAAGUCUUGAUUACUUUCUGUUUGACUCUAGUAAGCAGAGCCAGCUGGAUUGGACUACACGGUACAAGAUCAUAGGAGGAGUAGCUAGAGGGAUUCUAUAUCUUCAUCAAGAUUCAAGACUAACAAUCAUACAUCGUGACCUCAAAGCGGGUAACAUCCUCUUGGACGCUGAUAUGAACCCGAAAGUUGCAGAUUUUGGAAUGGCAAGAAUUUUUGAAAUGGACCAAACCGAAGCCAGUACUAGAAGAGUUGUUGGAACCUAUGGAUACAUGUCUCCUGAGUAUGCGAUGUACGGCCAAUUUUCAAUGAAAUCAGAUGUAUAUAGCUUUGGAGUCUUAGUUCUUGAGAUUAUAAGCGGAAGGAAGAACAGCAGCCUCUAUCAGAUGGAUGGUAGUGUUUGCAACUUGGUUACAUAUACUUGGAGGCUCUGGAGCAAGGGGUCUCCAUUGGAGCUCGUGGAUGUGUCUUUUGGAGAUAACAAUCAAAGAAACGAAAUAAGUAGAUGCACCCAUAUCGCUUUAUUAUGUGUCCAAGAAGAUACUGGAGAUCGUCCAACAAUGUCAGGGAUAGUCCAAAUGCUUACUACUAGCUCUAUCUCCCUAGCAGUGCCUAAACCACCUGGACUUUUCUUUAAGAGUAAUCAGGAACAAGCAGGUCCAUCAAUGGAUAAGUCUGUUCUCUGUUCAAUUGAUGAUGCACCGAUUACUUCUGUAGCUCCUCGUUAAAGACAAGCUCGUUUCAUAAACAAAAACAAUGUAAAUUAUGGCGGACUGUAGGUGAAGGUUUUUUUUUUUUUUUGACUGUAGGUGAAGGUUACCUUCUUUGAUGUCACUUUAUGAUUAUAAGCC